CAAAAUAAAGCUGAAUCGUUUAUCUAUCAGGUUUUUACAUUUUUUCUACACAAAUUUAUAUUUUUAAUAAUUCUUGUGCAUUUCCCGGGGAGCACAAAGAUAUACCGGCUUAUUUUACAUAGUUACUUAUGUAAAUCAAGUGCAAUUUUGCAUGUAUUGACCAGCAGUUUGUGAGUUGCAGAGUGCAGUGAAAGUUUUCCCAAAUUGUUUAAAAUGGGUGUGCGAUUUUCGACUCAAAAUAUUCUGGACAACGUAACAAAUUUUGUUAGCGGCCGAAAAAGAAAACAUGAAGAGACUGAAGAAAAUAAAGUGAUUGAGGUUGCUUUGCAUACACCCAAAAGAAAAAAACUCCUUUGCACAGCAAACUACAUCUAUCAAACCCUAUUUAUCGACGGCAAAAAUUCAGACAUCACUGUUUGCGCUUUGGGCAAAGAACACCGCCUGCACCGAAUCUAUUUAUGCCAGAGUCCGUAUUUUGCCAGCAUGUUUGGUGGCUCCUGGCUAGAAUCCACUGAAGAAUAUAUCAAAAUAGAUAUCAUAGAUCCUUCGAUAACCUUAAAGUCAUUACAAGUAGUUUUUGGUUCAUUGUACAGUACAGAAAUUGAAUUCAAUCCUUUGGAAAUUGUAUCGGUCCUAGCAACAGCCACCAUGUUUCAAUUGGAUGGUUUAAUUGAAAAAUGUACAGAAAUUAUGAUGGAAACUAUAAAUAUUAAAACAGCGCUAGGCUAUUACCAGGCAUCGUGCCGAUAUGGCGAUAAAAAACUUCAAGAAGUCUGCAUAGACUGGUUCUUAGUGAAUCUCAUGUCCCACUAUUUCAACAAUUCUGAUAAGGACUUGGGAAAAAUUCCAAAAUCUCUGAUGCUGAAAUUGGUGGCGCACCCAAACUUAUUCACAAUUCAGACUGAAUAUACUGUUUACGUUAUGCUUAAGUAUUGGAUUUAUAUUAGGAAUCAUCCAAAUGAAUCGUUUCCUCAUCUGAAAACUGUUAAUAAUUAUUUUUGGAAUAGAACAGAUGACACGCCAUACGUUUAUUGUGCAGAUGAGGGUAAUACAUUUUAUCUUAUAUUUAAAGAAUUAAGAUUGCAGAAUCUCAUAUUGCACGAUUCGGAUAUCGCCUUACUCAUAAAAGAUAAUAUUAUACCUAAACCCUGGGUAACUUCUGUAGCUUUGAAACAAUGGAAACACGUUUUGAGAAUCAAUCAAAACGAUGAAACAGGUCCCGUAGAUGUACCAAUAAAAUUAUUUCUACAAGAAAGCAUCCGAUGUGGGCGAGAGAUUACUUCAAAGACUAGGAACACAUGGCGUUGGGCCGGUUUUCAUUUCGGUAUCGAUUUGCUAAUGAUUACGGACGAUAAUAAGGUGUAUGUUAAACGAAGUCAUAGAUCGGAUUAUGAGCAGCUAUUAAGUUUUCAGACAACACGACAUUUAGCUAUAAGAGUUACAGUAGCUUGUCUCAAUGAACAAAAACAAAUUGCCUGCAUGAAGCAAUCAGAUAUACAAACUCUCAGUUUGACCAAAGGCGAAGAAGUGAAACUGAUGACAUUAGACGAAGAUAAUAUGCAUUAUCCCUUGUUUAUAUCAGUAAAUUUGCUUUUCACGACUCCAGUACAAAAUCAAUCUGAACAGAAUAAUAGUAACAGGGCGGAAUCUUGGCAAUAAUCUUCUGUUCCAGGAGCGAAACUGGUGUUUCUUUUUUUUAGAUUUAUGUUAUUUUGCAGCUUAUUUUUUUGAAUGACUCAUAUUUUUUUUUUCUACAAGGAUAAAAUUAUUAGUGACACUGGCAGCAUUUUGUGAUUUUUCUAUAUUAUAGAUAUAUUUUAAGUUUUGUUAUUUCUUAUGUUUAAGUUACUUUAUUUUUCUCCACCAUUAUAUUAUGUUUUGAGUUACAGAUAUAUCCAUGGUGAUAAAGCACAAAUUUGUAAUUGUGUACCUGACCUGGUAAUUUCCUUGGAUAAGGAAUUUAUUGAAAUUUGAAUUCUGGUCCCUUGGACGAAAAGAAAAACCCCAUUUAUUUCUAGUCAAAUUUUCUUACUUUACCAUAUUAUUAUAUGUAUAGUACUAACCCAAACUCUUUAUUUUAAGUCCCAACAAAAUCACAAAAACCACAACUGAAGAAAUCACACUUCCAAAUAUUUAUAUUUUGGGUGGGUGUAAAUACAUGCACUUAAGAAGUGUGUGUCAAGUUUUAAUGAUGUAGUUUAUAUUGACAAAACAAGAAAUUUAAAUACAUCAUUUUGUCACAGUUCAGUAUUUGUUAAGAAAACUUUUGUAUUUUGGGUACUCUAGUAAUACCUAAUUAAAUAUGGUAUUAAGCAUUUAAUUUUGUUAUUACUUUGAAUAGGUAUAUUAUUAUUAUUAUGAAUUUUUUUAAACUAAGUUAUAAAGCAGCACUUAUUUUGUUUAUGCAAACUUACUUAAAGCUUUCAGUGACAAAGAAUAUUUUUGUUAAUUUGAUUAUGAUUUGUUAUAUAUUUUAUUCUCAAUAGUCAAAAUCGCCCACAGCUUGAAAUUUGUUGAUAAAUGUAAAUGAGCAUUACAACAAAUUAAAGGUUGGACGGAUUAUGGUGUUAUUGUAAAUAAAAUAUUAUACAUAAGUUUAUAUUUUGGUUUAAUUAGAAUAUGUAUUUUUAUUUUUAUAUUUUUUGUAAAGUACAUACAUAAGUGCUCUUACUAGUUCUUUAACGCCUACCGCAAAAAUUAACAUAUUUUGUAUUACAUUAUAAUAAUAAAAGAAAUCUA